AUGUCGCGACUCGCAUGUCGAUCGACCCACGCCGGGCUUCAAUACGCCGGGGUACCCAGACCCGUCCGGACGGCUUCACCAUGCGUCGCAUACCUACAGAGUACGCGAUCAUAUGCCACAGAGAAGAAAGAUCAGGGUUCUAGUUUCCAGGGUCAGAUGCUUGAGAGUAUAAGCUCACGAAUCGCGCGCGAGAAGGCAGAGAGAGAAAAGUUUGCGAGACAGAGACAGGAAUCAGCGGGAACGAGGCGCUGGGCUACGACGUUCGUCGUUCUCGGUGCCGCUGCUGGCUCCUACUUCCUAGGCACAAAAGCUCCCCGAGAUGUUGACCCUACCUCGACUCUUCCUCUAGCUCUUACUCGUGAUCCGAAAUACAAAAACGACAAGGCGAAUCUCGAAGCCGCCUGGGCUGACUUUGCUAGCAUCGUCGGGAAGGAGAAUGUCAGCACAGUGGAGUCUGAUCUUGAAACUCACGCGAACUCGGAUUGGUCGAGCUACCGCAGCAAGAAGUCGGAGAAGUCGUUCAUGAUAGUCUACCCGAAUUCAACAGAGGAAGUUAGUCAGAUUAUGAAGAUCUGCCACUCUCGGCGGAUACCAGUUGUCGGCUACAGUGGAGGUACCAGCUUAGAAGGUCACUUCACACCAACGAGAGGGGGUAUCUGCGUAGAUUUCCAGAGGAUGAACAAGAUCAUUGCGCUACAUAAAGAGGAUCUAGAUGUCGUUGUGCAACCGGCUGUCGGCUGGGAGAUACUCAACGAGGAAAUCGGCAAGGAAAACUUGUUCUUCCCUCCCGACCCAGGCCCAGGUGCCCAGAUUGGAGGUAUGAUUGGUACUGGAUGUAGCGGCACGAAUUCGUAUCGGUAUGGCACCAUGAGGGAAUGGGUUCUCUCGCUUACCGUCGUGCUCGCGGACGGUACAGUAAUCAAGACUCGCCAACGGCCUAGGAAGAGUUCUGCAGGCUACGAUUUGACGAAGCUCUUUAUCGGCAGCGAAGGCACUUUAGGUCUUGUCACUGAGGCGACUCUCAAGCUUACCACGAAACCCGCUAGCACGAGUGUGGCGGUUUGCGGUUUCGGUACGAUUCGGCAGGCUGCUGACUGUGUCGCGAAAGUAGUCGGUCAAGGUGUCCCGGUUGCUGCCGUCGAAAUUCUCGACGAAGAACAGAUGAAAUGCAUCAACGAAGCUGGUAUGACGUCGAAACAGUGGAAGGAAGUCCCUACACUAUUUUUUAAGUUCUCCGGAACCGAGCGUGGCGUCAAAGAGCAGAUCCAAAUUGUCCAGGAGAUGGCUAAGUUAACAGGUAGCAAGAGCUUCGAGUUUGCCCGCUCCGAGGUCGAAAAAGCCGAGCUGUGGAGCGCACGGAAGGAGGCGUUGUGGAGCACCAUGUCCGUCGCCAAGCCCGGCGAGAAGGUGUGGACCGGAGACGUAGCUGUUCCUAUGAGCCGAUUACCUCUCCUCAUCGAAGAGACUAAGGACGAUAUGAAGAAGAGCGGCAUGUACGGCACUAUUGUCGGACACGUUGGCGAUGGAAACUUUCACAUUAUUCUACUUUCAAAUGACGAGCAGAGACAUGCUGCCGAGGAGUUAGUGCACCGUAUGGUGAAAAGAGCCGUCGAAUUAGAAGGAACAGUGACAGGUGAACACGGAGUUGGUCUAGUCAAGAGAGAUUAUCUACCGCACGAACUAGGCGAGAGCACAGUCGACACGAUGAGAAAGAUCAAGCAAGCGCUUGACCCUCUUAGUCUGCUAAAUGCUGACAAGGUUAUCCGGGUACAGAGACCGAAGCCCGGUGAGAUUGCCGAAUGGUGA